UCCGAUUAGAGAUAUCUGUAAUAUAUUUUGACUAGUCAAAACUCAAUUUAAGAUAUCUGUAAUGAUGUCAUUGAUAUCUUUAAAAGACGCGUCGUUUAUCCGCAAAGGUAAUUAGAGAUAUCUCUAAUUCGAUUUCGACUAGUCACAAUUGUAUUUUAAGAUAUCUGAAUUGUACUCGCUCCUAGUCAAUCCACUGUUGCGUGACGUGAAACUACAUUUCCUCAGCACCACCCAGAGUUCCUCCCCUCCUCCCUAGUUAACCGCUAACAACUUUAGUCUGCUUUUGUUUUCCGAGAGAAAAGAUAUGAAGUAGUUCAGGGAUUAUUAAACGAUGGCGGCAGCUGUUCUCGACAAAAUAGCAAGAAAGUGUCAACAAAUUGAAAGAGCUCAAAGUCAGGGAAAUUGUGGUGAGCGCGAACUUCGUGCGAUAGAUGACUGCUUAAGAAAUGCACAGAGAAUUUCGUAUUUGCUACCUCUUGAGACGAAUGAAGAAUUGAACACAAAUCUGGAGGAAAUUCGAACAAUGCUGUCAACGCAUUUGCAGAGUGAGGGAACUACAGCUUUUUCCAUUUCUCGAAGGAGCUCAGGUAGCCGAGGUAGACCAGCCAUUACAAUAACACGUGACCAAAUUGAAUUUUUAAUGAAGCAAGGUCACACAGUCAAGCGAAUGGCAAGAAUGUUAGGGUGCUCAUCCUCAUUUCUGUACAAGAGGUCCAAGCUGCUUGGCGUAUCCAUCAGGAGCAGAAUGUCAAGAGUGGAUGAUGAAGAACUUGAAAAUGUAGUGAGACGACUCCAAUGCCAGUAUCCAAAUACUGGAAAUGAGAUGAUGCGAGCCUUACUGGUUGCAGAAGGAUUGAGGGUUUCCCGGCAUAGGGUUCGUGAGAUGUUGGUCCGUAUCAAUCCAGCGGCUGCUGCAAGGAGAUGGAGUAGCACAGUGGCUAGAAGAGUUUAUCAUGUGCCCUGUCCCAACAGUCUCUGGCACAUUGAUGGCAACAUGCGCCUCAUAAGAUGGGGCUUUGUGAUUCAUGGUGCAAUCGAUGGACAUUCCCGACUAAUCACAUACCUAAAUUGCAACACCAACAACUGUGCCAGUACUGUGCUGUCUCAGUUUAUUCAAGCAACAUGCCUUUACGGUCUGCCCUCUAGGGUAAGGUCAGAUCACGGUGGUGAGAACUUACAAGUGGCCUUGUUUAUGAACCUUGUACAAGGACUUCAGCGCCGGAGUCACAUUACUGGGGAAUCUGUCCACAACCAAAGGAUAGAACGUUUGUGGAGGGAUGUAUUUUUACAUGUGCUACAAUCAUUCUACAGCAUGUUCUACAGUCUUGAAGAUUCUGAACUGCUUGAUCCCAGCAAUGACCUUCACAAAGUUUCGCUCAGCAUAGUUUUUCUUCCACAGAUCCAAGCUAGACUACAGCACUUCAAAGAGGCAUGGAAUCACCAUGCUUUGCGGACAGAAAACAAUAAAACACCAACACAGAUAUGGACAGAAGGAAUGCUGUCAAUGAUAGGAACUGACAGCACAGCCAUCAACAAUGUGUUUGGAGAUGAUCUCUACAGGCCAGAACAUUUUAAUGAACUCCUGGUUCAACAUGGCAUUGAGUCUUUGCCCACAGCUGAAAAUGAAGAAAUCCCAGCUGUAACUGUUGAACAGCCUCAAAUUAACCUUACUCCUCAGCAAAUGGAAACGGUUUCCCAUGCUAUUGACCAUAUUGCAGAUUUGAAGCUUAAGUUUCAGGUAUGUUGUACAGAAAUUGCUAAUGUUUUGGCAAACUAGUGUUGCAGAUUAGAGUGUUAUAAAGAAUGUCAUUCUUUUGUAAUAUUUUAAUACGUAAAAGGUUUAACAACAAGAAUGCUCUGUUGAAGAAUUAAUAGAUGCUGACAUUGAAAAAAGGAUUUUCUAUGAAAAGCUGGUGUACAAGUGAGAGAACCUGAACAAACAGUUAAAAAUUAGC